AUGGAAUAAAUUGAAUAAUUUUUAGCAAGCUAGAAAUGCCAGAGACAUCAAAAACAAUUGAGCAAAAUAUUUUGUGAAAAUUCAGAAGAAAUAAAAUUAUAAUAGUGCAUUCUAUGUGUUGAUUGUGAAAAAGAAGUUCCUAAUUCGUUAACAAUUGGUUUACCUGAGUUUAUAAGAGUGUGUAACAAAAAUAACUAAAAUUUCGUACCUAUUGAAGUUUGUUUCAGAAGAUUUGAAAAUAUUUUUAAAUUAUUGAGAGAUAUCUAAUAAAAGGUUAGAAGUUAGAUAGAUGAUGUUGAAAAAUGUAUAGAAUAAGAAAAAAAUGCCCUAUCUUAAAAGACUAUUGAAAAUCAAAUUAAACAAAUCGUAAGGGAUGAAAACCCUUAGAGCUAAAUCAUUAGAAAUGAAAUUAAUAAAAUAAAUAUAAAUUUUACAACGAAAAUUAUUUAGAAAUUAGACAGUUUAAAGAAUUUUGAAGAAUAAAAAAAAUGCAGAGAAGAAAUUGAAGAAUUGAAAAGAGAAUUUAAUUUAUAAUAACAAAUUCCACAAUAAUAAUAAUAAUAAUAAUCAAAAUUGUAAUAAUAAUUGUAAUAAUAAUAACAAUAAUAACAAUAAUAACAAUUGCAAUAAUAACAAAUUCCAUAAUAAAGAUAAGGUUUCAUACACUUAGAUAAUAGUAAUUAGUAAUCAGAAACAUGCUAUUCAAUUUCAUUUAAUCAUAGUAAUUCACUUAUGAUUUCUGGAUGUAAUAAUUUUAUUAAAUUGUGGGAAUUUAAAGCAGGAUAAUUAAAUCUGAUCAAACAUUUAGAAGGACAUCAAGAAAUUGUCACUAAUUUGUUAUUCAGUAGCAUUUCGAAUAAUUUUGUUUCUGGUUCAAUAGAUGGUCAUUUGAUAUGUUGGUCUUAUCUUUAGCAAAGCUAAAUUAAAAAGUCAUAAACAUACGAAUUCCACGAAAAAGGAAUAAGCUGCAUGAUUUUGAAUAAGAAAGAAAAUUUAUUAUUUACAAGUGAUAUGGAUAAAUAAAUCAUCAUUUGGGAUGCAGAUUUGAGUAGCAAUUUAUUAUCUAUUCAUCAAGUAUUAGAUAAUCAUACUAAGUAAGUGAAUGGACUCAGUCUAAAUGAAACUGAAAAUAUUUUGGUUUCUUGUGGUUUAGAUAAAUAAAUUAUAGUAUGGUAAAAAGUAUCAGAUCAAUGGAUAUUUAAAAAAAAUGUUAAUUAAUAAAGUUAUGAUUUUGGAACCAGAAUUAAAUUUAUCAAUAAUGAUCGAUUUUUAUGGGUUUCAGGAUCUAUGAAUGGAUAAGAUUAUUUAUUCGAUUAUUAAUUUAAUAUUUAGAAUGAUUAUAUCCAGAAAAGGAAUAAGUCAUUCUUAUCAGAAAAAGAUUCAAAGGAUAGCCUUUUCUUCCCUAUUUUCUUUAAUAAAGAAAAAAAUAUUGUUAUAGUAAAACACAAACUUUACAUUUAUCUUUAUAAAAAAGAUGAUCAAGGGUUAUUGAAUUCACUGCAUUUAAAGAAACUAAUUACUAAUGACACAUAUGGGGCAAUAACAAGUGAUGGCUAAUUUUUAGUUUCUUGGGAUUAAUCAAACUAAAGAUAUGAAGUUUGUAAAAUCAUAAUUUGA